AUGAGGUUCCAACCUCUGGUGGUGGUUCUUUUAUUGAGCUUGGCUUCGGUGGCAUUGGGCGACGACCCUCACUGCUGCGCUCCGGCGUCGUUCUCCUUCCGUAUCGAAUCCUUCACCAACGUCGCCGGAGCUCCUAAUGCGCAGAUUGGAAAUGGAUACUACGAUGAACAGCAGGGCUCGUACGCCCUUGUUAUGUUUGGCAACGACACCUACCAAGUGUACAGCCUACCGACGGGGGUCUAUGUGGUCAACGUAACUGAUGGCACCCACAAGUGCACGUCCAUCCAGUGCACCGCAGACGUCCCGUGCUUCCAGCGCUACUGCACCAAUGCCACGGACUGGAACUACAAGGGCCUCAUCAUCGUGGGCACCGAGAAGGCCAGCCAGUGGACCAUGUCGGGCCACCCGGGCAACUUCAUCCUCCAGAUGUUGCAGAGCGACAAGACCCGUUGCAUCCCCAUCGCCUUCACCAUGGCCCGCGGCCAAACCGCCGAGUCGUUGGAGUAUGCAUUCACCUGGUGGUCGAACCUGAAGCCGGCGUCCAUCCCUCCGUCGCUCUUCGUCCCGCCCGCCACCUGCUCUCACACCAGAGCCGAACGCUCCGUCUCCGAUCUCAAGCGAGACCACCCGCAGCUGCUGUCCCUCAUCCGCUCCGUCUUUGUUCGCUGA